UUCGCCUUACCUAUUGGAUGUUACUGGAGAGAGAAAGGGAGGGCGUGCGGCGCGGCUUUGACACAUUGUGGAAGUGCGGUCACACGUUGUUUUCUGUGGAUCUUUUCUGAAUCUGCAUACAUAGAUAACGCAGUAACUGACACUGAUAUUCUGAUAGAGACCGGAGAGGUCCCGGCUGGAGGAUGUGUUAGGAGGACCCGGGACAGGAUUAUACCAUGCGGUUUCGUUCUAAGAUUGUGGAUGUCAGCUGCCUCAACCACUUCACUCGUGUUAUUAACACAAUCACCAAGUUGACCAAAUCAUGCACCUUCCGGCUUACAGCUGACAAUCUUUACUUUAUUCUCACUGACAAAGUGGCUAAUGGAGGUGUUAGCAUGUGGUGUGAGCUUUCCCAGGCUAAUUUCUUUGAUGAGUAUCAAAUGGAAGGAGUGUCUGUCGAUCAAAAUGAGAUUUAUUUGGAGCUGAUGCCUGAAAACAUUUCUCGAGCUUUGAAAACAGCGCAAAAUGCCAGAGCUGUAAAAAUCAAACUAACAAAUAAACACUGUCCUUGUCUCACACUGGCAGUGGAGUUGCCUUCUUUGUCAAAAAGCAGUCGUAUUGUUACACAUGACAUACCUGUAAGUGUUAUUCCCAGAAGACUGUGGAAUGACUUUAAAGAACCUACUGUGCCAGACUUUGAUGUAAGCAUAUAUUUGCCACCAAUUAAAACGAUGAAGAGUGUUGUGGAGAGAAUGAAAAACUUGAGCAAUUUUAUAGUUAUUGAAGCCAAUGGCAAUGGAGAAAUUAACUUGAAAAUAGAGACUGAUCUAGUGUCUGUUUCAACUCAUUUCAAAGACCUAGGAAAUCCUCCAUGGGGUGUUUCUGCUGAAACCUCACAAAAUAGCACUCAGCAAAGAGACCCAGAUAUCAUGUCGGAAGCCAGAGUUGAUAUUCGGAAACUUCUGCAGUUUCUUGCAGGACAGCAAGUAAAUCCUAAUAAAGCCAUAUGUAAUAUUGUACAUAAAAGGAUGGUCCACUUUAUUUUACUACAUGAAGAUGCCUCAUUGCAGUAUUUCAUCCCUGCCAUUUCUUAGUUGAUUAACGCCCGGAAAAUAUAAAUCAAUUUAGUAAAAUGGCGGUUUGUAGGCAGUUUCAUAAUUUCAAAGAUAGCACUGACAAUAUAUAGAUAUUUUUUGUCUGUUUCCCCACUUCCCCCCUAUACAUGUACAGAUAUUUACAAUGUGCUCUAUAAUUAUAAUAAUUCUUAGUUUUUUGUUAUAUUUUUUUUGAGGGGAGGGGGGAGGAGAUGGGAUGUUAUAAAACAGUCUUAUUUCUUUCUUCUUUUUUUUUUAACCGUUUUAAACAUUUAUAUUUUGAAAAUACAACCUACAGUAUUACAGAGGUGAAAUGGAUCAAAAUAAAAUGGUUUUUGAAAAA